GCUUCCCCAUCCCUUCCAGCACAGUGACCUCCACAAGCCAAGAAGCUGCAAGAGCAAGCCAAGCCAAGCCAAGAACGAAGCAGCAGCGAGAGCGAGGUGAGCAGCGAGCAUGGCGGGCGAGGCGGCGGCGGCGGAGCGGUGGGUGGGGGCGGCGGUGGACUUCUCGGAGGGGAGCCGCGCGGCGCUGCGGUGGGCGGCGGACAACCUGCUCCGCGCCGGCGACCACCUCAUCCUCCUCCACGUCCUCAAGGACCCCGACUACGAGCAGGGCGAGACCCUCCUCUGGGAGGCCACCGGCUCCCCAUUGAUUCCCCUCUCGGAUUUCUCUGAACCUACAAUUGCAAAGAAAUAUGGAGCAAAGCCUGAUGCCGAAACAUUGGACAUGCUUAAUACUGUGGCCAGGCAGAAGGAGGUUGUGGUGGUUUUCAAAGUCCUUUGGGGAGAUCCCCGUGAGAAGCUAUGCCAAGCCAUCAACGAAAUCCCCAUGAGCUGCUUGGUUAUUGGAAGCAGGGGUCUUGGCAAACUCAAGAGGGUGCUGUUAGGUAGCGUCAGCGACUACGUCGUGAACAACGCCACUUGCCCAGUCACAGUUGUCAAGACAGCCGAUGGUUGAUCCUAUUGUCAUAAAUAUCCAUGUGUUAUAUAGUCUGCUUAAAUCUUUGUCCAUCUAUCUGAAACAUAUUGAACCACCAUGCAGUGUAAUUGUAAUAAUAAACGAAGUCAACUGAAGACGCUCAGUUGUACUUUGUGCUUGCACUCUCUGAGCCUGACUAUGAAAUGGAUCCUGCUGUUUUUCUUAGCAA